AUGGGAUGGGUGAUGCUGGGGGCGGGGCUACAUGAUUUAACAGGCACAUCAAUCAGCCAUGGUCUUGGCGCCACCGAUAUCAGGAGACCCGGAAAAAGUCUUACCACUUUUGUUCUGGAGGCUGGAAAUCAAAUGCAUAGAAUCACUCAGGAGAUAAUGAUGGAACUGCUGCCGGUUAACUGGGGUAUUUCUGAAGGCUGGAAACUCCAAAAAUACCUCAACACUUUGGCGGGAGGAGACGCUCCUUCAUUAUCGGGAUACAAGAUUGUAUUUCCAUUCUGA